AUUGCACCAGCCACACUUCGAAUGUUACUCGUGAUGGGUGAGAUGAAGGGCGCAAGGGCUGAGGACUGAGAUGGAAGGUGCUCGAAACAUUGGAAGCGCACGGGCCAAUUGUGGCAGUGACGUUGUGCGCCCGACUUUUGUGAAUCAUCGCCGCCGAAGAUCGAGAACACGACACGCUCUUCAUAAAGUAUUAUCACUCAGCCGUCCCACACGACACACACAUUUUCUCACCACCACACGCACACCAUAUCCAACAUGUCUGACGACUGGGACUCCGUUACCAAGAUUGGUAGCCGUACUCGUGGUGGCGCCGCCGGUCCCCGCGAGGCCGUUGUCAAGGGCAAGAGUGCGCUGAACGCCGCCCAACGUAGCGGUGCUGUCAUUUCGACAGACAAGAAGCAGUACACCACCGCCAACACUGCCUCCGGUAACACAGAAGGCCAGCGCCUGACCAAGGUCGACCGCUCAGACGACAUUAUAAAACCCAAGACCGUUGGUACCGUCGUCGGACAAGCCAUCUCCAAGGCUCGCUCCGAGGCCAAGAACGACAAGGGCUCCACCAUGACACAGAAGGACCUCGCAACCAAGUGCAACAGUACGCCUACCAUCAUCGCCGACUUCGAGCGUGGUACCGCAGCGCCCGACCAGAAGCUGCUAGGCAAUAUGGAGCGCGUGCUUAACGUCAUUCUGCGUGGUGACAAGAUCGGGCAGCCCAAGUUCCCCAACAAGAAGAAAUGAGUAAUCGUAGACGGCUAGAGUCGCGCUGAGUCGCGGCUCUUGGGUUCGACUGCUUGUCAGCUGCGCACGAGUGCGAGGGAUCUUGUCUUUGGAUUAGCGGGCGUUAGAUGGAUAUCACGGUGGAGGAAUAUCAAAAUGGCAUGCUUACGCUGGAAUAGCUCACAAGCCGGAGGUCAGAUUGCCACAUCAGCCUUGCUCUGACAUGGGCAAUGGGUAUGGACGUUUAGAUACUAGAUGGAUCUAUGACUUACGACCCAAAAAUACGUCCUGACCUUUAUGACGCUUCUCUCCAUCACACGUG